CGGAUGUCGGGUUUGCUAUUGGUCGAUCUAGCUGUCAAUCAUCUAGUAAAGUGGGCGGGUUUAAAGGAAAAUGGCUACUUUGUCUGUCGUAGAGCCUCAAGAGAUGGAAGUUGACAGGAGGGGUGAGUCUGAGGAAUCUGGUGAUGAUGAGACCAAGAGGAAGAGUCUCAAUGGAGAAGUCGAGUCCCUGCAAACCCCCUCGACUGUACCCGAGGAGGCACCUGUUGACAUGGACACCAUAACCUUAGACCCAGAUGAAGAGGAUGUGGAUCUGGUCCACUGCCGCAUUGGGAAGAUUGAGGGGCUGGAGGUUCUUCGGAAGGCAAAGACAAUUUCUCUUAGGCAAAACCUCAUCAAAUGCAUUGAGAACUUGGACAGCCUUGUCUCACUGAGGGAACUGGAUCUUUAUGACAACCAGAUCCGCAAACUAGAGAAUCUUCAGGCCCUAACAGAGCUCGAGCAGCUAGAUGUAUCGUUCAACUUACUGAGGAAGAUUGAGGGAUUGGAGUGUCUCACAAAAAUCAAGAAACUCUUCCUGCUUCAUAAUAAGAUUACGAGCAUCGCUAACCUCGAUCAACUGACGGGCCUCCAGAUGCUUGAGCUGGGCUCUAACCGCAUCAGGGUUAUUGAGAAUCUGGAUUCUCUUACUACUUUGGAGAGUUUGUUCCUCGGCACAAAUAAAAUCUCUCAGCUACAGAACCUUGAUGGAUUGCACAAUCUCAUGGUUCUCAGUAUCCAGAGUAACCGCAUCACGAAGUUGGAGGGACUCCAGAAUCUUGUCAAUCUGCGAGAGCUUUACUUGAGUCACAAUGGCAUUGAAGUCAUUGAGGGCCUAGAGAACAAUAAAAAGCUGACAACUUUGGAUAUCGCUGCAAACAGGAUAAAAAAGAUUGAAAAUAUCAGCCAUCUGACAGAAUUAAAAGAAUUUUGGAUGAAUGACAACCAAAUUCAUAACUGGGCAGACUUGGAUGAACUCAAGAAUGCCAAAGGUCUAGAUACUGUCUAUCUGGAGAGAAACCCUCUGCAGAAGGACCCUCAGUACAGACGCAAGAUCAUGUUGGCUCUUCCCAGUGUCAGGCAGAUUGAUGCCACCUUCAUCCAUUUCUGAUCAUCCAUCUCAUUGUGCCCUCCCUCCCCCAAACCAUCCACAGCAUACUAUAAACACACUAUAUUUCCCUGACGCACCUCAUAGACACAGUCUGGUGUCUGCCCUAUUUAUGUCUUUUAUUUACUUUUUAACAACAAAAAAGAAGAAUCUCACUCUCUCAGUGUUGCUGUCACCUUUACUCACACAGAGACUGUAUACCUAUGCUCUGAUUUAUGCUAUCGUGUGAAUUGCUUGUUAAUUUAUUUUUCAGUUUAGGAACUGAUUAGUCUGAGCUCAAAGGAGCUGAUGCCUGUUGCUCCGAAAAUAUAUCAGCGCUAAAACUUACUGCCCUUAGCAUUUCAGUAAGGAAAUUGUUGCAUCGUAGUUAUCCCUUCUCUCGCUCUCCAUCCAUCCAUGUAGGACCAGGUCAUUUAAAAUCAGGCAUUUCCACCAUGUAUGAUUUACAUCAGGCACGGAGGUCUUAUUUACUAUAAGAGGUGGUAAAAAGGUCAGAGUUCACAUUGUAUUCAGA